AAAGCAAAAGUGAUUAGCCAUCUGGCUUUAUAUACAUAUGUUUAAGAUAAUGCUUUAUUUAUACUCGUGACGCAAAUAAACAACACUCUUGCAGAAAGCAUUUUUUAGUGGUAGAAUGCAAUACAAAGAACUCUUAUCAACUUGCUUAAGCAAGCAGGCUGAUAACAGUCUGCCAGUUUGCCUGCAACUGUAAGUGUAAACACAUCGGUCGCAGUGCAUUUCCAUACAGUUUUGUAAAAUAUUAUAAAAAAGUGCUACAAACCCAUUUAAAAGUAGAACCAAACAGUUUUUAGCAAAGAAAGUGAAAUUUUUUGCGUUGCAAAUACAAUGACGAAUGCAGAUCUCCAACGCGAACGUGCGGGUGCAGCCAUUUCGAGUGAAGACUUUGCGGAGUGGUGGGCAGGCGGUCGCGCUGCACUGCACGAGCGCAGAGCUUUAGAUAAGCUUUUCAUAGAAGAUGCCGAUUUGACGGACCCCCAACACACGUCGCUGAUGUCGCACAAAGAGCUUUAUGAGUACACAAUUGCGAAAGCUUGCAAAUUUCUUGGCAAACUGCGCCGCUGGCACGCAGCCAAUGCGCACAGCAAAGUCGAUGCACAGCAGAGCGCGAUAGCAACGCUGUACGAUUUUCGAAUUCUGCUGGCCGGCCCAUUGGGUACGGCGUUGUUUCAGCAAAACUUUCCGUUGCGCUUGCAUUUUUCGAUGUUCUUGCCAACAUUGUUGGGCCAGAGUACGGAGGAGCAGCAACGCGAAUGGUUCGAUCGCGCUUGGCGCAUGGAUGGCAUUAUCGGCACAUAUGCGCAAACGGAGCUGGGCCAUGGCACUUUUAUACGCGGCCUGGAGACACGCGCCGAUUACGAUGCACAAAGUGAAGAGUUCAUUUUGAAUACACCAACGCUAACGGCGUACAAAUGGUGGCCCGGUGGAAUGGGUCACAGCGCCAACAUGGUGAUUGUCAUGGCGCAAUUGUAUAUAAAAGGGAAACACCACGGGUUGCAUCCAUUUUUGGUGCGCAUACGCAAUGCUGAGACGCAUCUGCCGGAACCGGGUGUAGAUGUGGGCGAGAUCGGACCGAAGUUGGGUGUGAAUGGUGUGAAUAAUGGUUUUCUGGGGUUGAAGAACGUUCGCAUACCACGUACCCAAAUGUUAAUGAAAAACGCACAGGUGCACCCUAAUGGACGCUUUGUGAAAGGACCCGAACCAUUGCUUACCUAUGGUACCAUGGUGUUUGUGCGUGUAAUGAUUGUACGCGAUGUUUCCUUCUGUUUACUGCAAGCGGCUACGAUAGCAACCAGGUAUUCGGCAGUACGACGUCAGAGUCCAAUUGCACCCGACCAACCCGAACCACAAAUUUUGGAUCACACCACUCAACAGGCGAAGUUGUUUCCACAAAUCGCAAAGGGUAUAUUCUUUCGUAUUGCGGCCGACGUUGUCUGGGUCAUGUAUCAGAAUGUUGUGAAGGAGUUGGAUGCUGGUCAGCGUCGCAACCUGCCAGAGCUGCAUGCCUUGUCCUGUUGCCUCAAAGCAUACUGCUCAUCGGAGUCCGAAGAAGGUGUUGAAGUAUUACGUAAAGCCUGCGGCGGUCACGGUUAUUUGAGUUCGUCAAAUUUCCAACAAAUCUAUGGAACCGUCACGGCCGCAUGUACUUACGAAGGCGAAAAUACGGUUUUAUUGCUGCAAACUGCGCGCUUCCUCCUCAAACAAUAUGUGGAGGGCCUGAAACGGAAAGUACUGCCACACAGCGUCAGAUAUCUGCGUAAUGCAACGCGUCCCAAAUGGGGUAAAAAUAUUGAGCUCACAAUGCUGACGACACUCUUAGAGUUUGCGGCUGCAGAAAGCAUUCGUGCGCUUUACGAGUACCAGAGACAGCAGCGUAAACUUUUGAAAUCGGAACAGCUGGCAGCCAAUAAAGCUGGCAUACGUUUGACACAGGUGGCAACCUUGCAUGCACGUGCAUUCCUAGCACGCACCGCCUUGGAAGAGAGCGAAAAGUUUUGUAAACAGCUGAAACCCGUUUUGGCGGACGUUCUCACGCAGCUGGCUGAGUUGUUCGUUCUGGAAUUGUGUUUGAGUAGUUUGGGUCACAUUUUAAUGUCUUUUCCGUUAAAUGCGCGACAAGUCGAUCAGCUGCAGGCUCGCUACGAACAUUUGCUGGCGGACUUGCGUGUCAAUGCCGUCGCUGUGGUUGAUGGUUUCGAUUUCAAUGAUCGUGUGUUGGGCUCCACUUUAGGUUGCUAUGAUGGGCGUGUCUACGAGCGUCUGAUGGCGGAGGCGCGCAAAAGUCCCUUGAAUCAGGAGUCGGUAAACAGCACAUUUCGUACACACCUUAAACCGUUAAUGCAGGGAAAGUUGUGAGCACUUUUCGUCAAAAAAUAUUUUUAAAGCUGAAGAAGUUAACGCGAAGUUUAGUUUAAUUGUGAAAGUAUGGAUUUUGAGGACGUGGUAUCCGGCUUUGGAUACGACUUCCUUUUCCUAUGCAUAUUGGCUUCAGUAAAGCCUUUUAUAUAGACAUAUUUUAAUUAUCUCAAGCUGUCAACAACACAAUAAAAAUUUUUUUCUAGGUUUCAAUUAAUUUUUUCUUAA